AGAACUUUCGGGCUUUGGCUCAAUAAUUUGCUGGGACGGCUCUUAUUCCCUCUCCGUACCUGUCUUUCUCGUCCAAUUAUUCCGCCAGUGGCAUGCUGCAAUCUCAUCGACGUUCUCGGUCCUCCUUUGCCCGACGGUCCUAAAGGGUCCACGCAUGUGCUUGUUACACAAACAUUCUCCAAUGCGUGCGGCCCCUCCAAUACUCAAGAGAUAAUAUGCCGAGGAAGCCGCCGACUCUACAUGCGCGGAAAACAUUAUCGGGUCGCAUACGAACAUGGAUUGGAUCCCAACUCCAUUGAGGGCAUUCUUUGCGGCAAUAACCCAGAUCACCGCACGGAGGUGCUUAAACGAGUAUUUGCUGGCUGUUUUGGGAAAAGAUGGUGGGCGGAGGGUGAAGGCAUCAUAUCGGGCGCAACGUACACCAUAUCGAUCCAAGACGAACGAUGCAUAAUCACCACAUCCAGCCCUACAACCCCGGGUGUGGCCAUCCAGCCCUCGUUGUGGUGGCUACGCCGCGUGUCCAUCGACGAGCUCGUCCGGGCAGAACUCAUAACGCCGCAAGUUGACAAAGUCUAUUAUAACGAUGGCCUCUACGUCUACAAGUCGUAUCCUCUCUAUCUUGAAUCCGACAUGGACCUGCUCAAAGCGGUCAGGAUCUCGGUACGACUCCAACACUCGCCCUACAUCAUCAAUGUCCACGCCCUUGUCGUCCACCAGAAGAAAUGUGUUGGAUUUCUCAUGCCCUUCGCCGCGAUGGGCAGCCUUCUCCAGGCACGCCGCAAUCGCGUAUUUAGCAGCUGGAUGCGCCGCCGUCAGUUUGCACAUGACAUUGUACGCGGCGUGCAAGCUCUCCAUUCCAUCAACGAGUUCCACGGUGAUUUGAACCCCCGAAAUGUUGUCCUGCAAUUCGUGCCUGAACUUGAAGAUCGGCCCAGAGCACAGUUGAUCGACUUGGAAGCGAAUGGUGGCCGGACGCCACCCUUCAUGGAUCCACGCUUGGUGAACGAAUCCGAGCCCAGUGCACAACAAGACGUGCACUCUACCGGAAAAAUCCUGCUAUGGCUAGCUCUCGACCAGUUGAUAGACGAGGACCAGUGGCGCAGAUACGAUUUGCCGAUGGAGCUUCCCGAAUAUAUCGACCCUUGGUUCCGCAAUGCCAUCGAGCUCUGCUUGGAUGGGGGCUGUACCAUCUCUGAGCUGGCACGUAUCUUCGAGCAAAAUAUGUAGCUAUCCGUAAAAUGGUGAAU